GCAUUGAUGCCAGGGCCAGAUGACACUGGCCCAGGAGACGAGAAGAACGAGACGUACGCCGUCAUAGGCGCAGCGAGCUCGAGCCCACAGGUCACGGAGCAGCUGAAGCAGCUGAUCCAGCAGGCCGUGAAGGACGCAGUGAGGAACCUCGGCCCGGGGCUCAGCCAGAGCGCCGCCGGCGCAGGCGACGACUACGGCGGCACCAAGAGCGGCCGGCAG